CAGGGAGCAAGGCAGCCCGCGCACUCUGCAGGAGCCGCAGCUGCCGUCGGCCGCGCCUUCAAGGUCUCACCGCUUCCUCAGCAGAGACCCGGGCUCGGCCGCCAUGUCCGCCACGGACGAUGUUGACGGACUGGGCGUGGUCCGGCCGCACUAUGGCUCUGUCCUGGAUAAUGAGAGACUCACUGCAGAGGAGAUGGACGAAAGGAGACGUCAGAAUGUGGCUUAUGAGUACCUUUGUCAUUUGGAAGAAGCAAAGAGGUGGAUGGAAGCAUGCCUCGGGGAAGACCUGCCUCCCACCACAGAGCUGGAGGAGGGCCUCAGGAAUGGGGUCUACCUUGCCAAACUAGGAAACUUCUUCUCUCCCAAAGUGGUGUCCCUGAAGAAAAUCUACGAUCGAGAGCAGACCAGAUACAGGGCAACUGGCCUGCACUUUAGACACACUGAUAAUGUGAUUCAGUGGUUGAAUGCCAUGGAUGACAUUGGAUUGCCAAAGAUUUUUUACCCAGAAACUACAGAUAUCUACGAUCGAAAAAAUAUGCCGAGAUGUAUCUACUGUAUUCAUGCACUCAGUUUGUACCUGUUCAAACUAGGCCUGGCUCCUCAGAUUCAAGACCUAUAUGGAAAGGUUGACUUCACAGAAGAGGAAAUCAACAACAUGAAGAUUGAACUGGAGAAGUACGGGAUCCAGAUGCCCGCCUUCAGCAAGAUCGGGGGCAUCCUGGCUAACGAACUCUCAGUGGAUGAAGCUGCAUUGCAUGCUGCUGUUAUUGCUAUUAAUGAAGCUAUUGACCGUAGAAUUCCAGCUGACACGUUUGCAGCUCUGAGAAACCCCAACGCCAUGCUUGUAAAUCUUGAAGAUCCCUUGGCUUCCACUUACCAGGAUGUGCUUUAUCAGGCCAAACAGGAGAAAAUGACAAAUGCUAAAAACAGGACAGAAAACUCUGAGAGAGAAAGGGAUGUUUAUGAGGAGCUGCUCACGCAAGCUGAAAUUCAAGGCAAUAUCAACAAAGUCAAUACUUCUUCUGCAUUAGCAAAUGUGGAUCUGGCCUUGGAGCAGGGCGCUGCACUGGCCUUGUUCAAGGCUCUGCAGUCCCCUGCGCUGGGCCUUCGAGGGCUGCAGCAGCAGAACGGUGACUGGUACCUCAAGCAGCUCCUGGGUGAUAGACAGCAGAAGAGACAGGGUGGCCGGGCGGAUCCCCUGCAGAAGGAGGAACUGCAGUCCGGAGUGGAUGCUGCCAACAGCGCCGCCCAGCGGUAUCAGAGAAGAUUGACAGCCGUGGCAGCGAUCAACGCCGCCAUCCAGAAGGGUGUUGCUGAGAAGACGGUUCUGGAGCUCAUGAAUCCCGAGGCCCAGCUGCCCCAGGUGUUUCCAUUUGCUGCUGGUCUUUAUCAGAAAGAGCUGGCUACCCUGCAGCAACAGAGUCCUGAGCAUAACCUCACCCAUCCUGAGCUCUCUGUCGCAGUGGAGAUGUUGUCAUCAGUGGCCCUGAUCAACAGGGCCCUGGAGUCGGGGGACAUGAACACCGUGUGGAAACAGUUGAGCGGUUCCGUGACAGGCCUUACCAAUAUUGAAGAAGAAAACUGUCAGAGGUAUCUCGAUGAGCUGAUGAAACUGAAAACUCAGGCACAUGCAGAAAAUAAUGGGUUUAUUACAUGGAAUGACAUUCAGGCUUGUGUGGACCAUGUGAAUCUGGUGGUGCAGGAGGAACAUGAGAGGAUUUUAGCCAUUGGUUUAAUUAACGAAGCCCUGGAUGAAGGUGAUGCCCAAAAGACUCUGCAGGCCCUGCAGAUUCCUGCCGCUAAACUUGAGGGGGUUCUCGCAGAAGUGGCCCAGCAUUACCAAGACACGCUGAUCAGAGCAAAGAGAGAGAAGGCCCAGGAAACCCAGGAUGAGUCAGCGGUGUUAUGGUUGGAUGAGAUUCAAGGUGGAAUCUGGCAGUCCAACAAAGACACCCAGGAAGCACAGAGGUUUGCCCUCGGAAUCUAUGCCAUCAAUGAGGCGGUGGACAGUGGUGAUGUGGGCAAAACACUGAGCGCCCUUCGUUCCCCUGAUGUCGGCUUGUAUGGAGUCAUCCCUGAGUGUGGUGACACUUACCAGAGUGACCUUGCUGAGGCCAAGAAGAAAAAACUGGCAGCAGGAGAUAACAACAGCAAAUGGGUGAAGCAUUGGGUGAAGGGUGGAUACUAUUACUACCACAACCUGGAGACCCAGGAAGGAGGAUGGGAGGAACCUGCAGACUUCGUGCAGAACUCAAUGCAGCUUUCUCGGGAGGAGAUCCAGAGCUCCAUCUCUGGGGUGACUGCUGCAUACAACCGAGAACAGCUUUGGCUAGCCAACGAAGGCUUGAUCACCAAGCUGCAGGCUUGUUGCCGCGGGUACUUGGUUCGACAGGAAUUCCGAUCCAGGAUGAAUUUCCUGAAGAAACAAAUCCCUGCCAUCACCUGCAUUCAGUCGCAGUGGAGGGGAUACAAGCAGAAGAAGGCGUACCAAGAUCGCUUAGCUUACCUGCGUGCCCACAAAGAUGAAGUUGUAAAGAUUCAGUCCCUGGCAAGGAUGCACCAGGCCAGAAAGCGCUAUAGAGAUCGCCUGCAGUAUUUCCAAGACCACAUAAAUGACAUUAUCAAAAUCCAGGCUUUUAUUCGGGCAAACAAAGCUCGUGAUGACUACAAGACUCUCAUCAAUGCUGAGGAUCCUCCUAUGAUUGUGGUCCGAAAAUUUGUGCACCUGCUUGACCAAAGUGACCAGGAUUUCCAGGAGGAGCUCGAUCUGAUGAAGAUGCGAGAAGAGGUCAUUACCCUCAUUCGUUCUAACCAGCAGCUGGAGAAUGACCUCAAUCUCAUGGAUAUCAAAAUCGGGCUGCUCGUGAAGAAUAAAAUCACACUGCAGGAUGUGGUUUCCCACAGUAAAAAACUUACUAAAAAAAAUAAAGAACAGUUAUCUGAUAUGAUGAUGCUAAAUAAGCAGAAAGGAGGUCUCAAGGCUUUGAGCAAGGAGAAGAGAGAGAAACUGGAAGCUUAUCAACAUCUGUUUUAUUUAUUACAGACCAACCCCACCUAUUUGGCGAAGCUGAUCUUUCAGAUGCCCCAGAAUAAGUCCACCAAGUUCAUGGACUCUGUAAUCUUCACCCUGUACAACUAUGCGUCCAACCAGCGAGAGGAGUACCUGCUCUUACGGCUCUUUAAGACAGCCCUCCAGGAGGAGAUCAAGUCAAAAGUAGAUCAGAUUCAGGAGAUCGUGACAGGAAAUCCUACAGUUAUUAAGAUGGUUGUGAGUUUCAACAGAGGUGCCCGGGGCCAGAACGCCCUACGACAGAUCUUGGCCCCUGUUGUGAAGGAGAUUAUGGAUGACAAAUCUCUCAACAUCAAAACUGACCCUGUGGAUAUAUACAAAUCUUGGGUUAAUCAGAUGGAGUCUCAGACAGGAGAGGCAAGCAAACUACCCUAUGAUGUGACCCCUGAGCAGGCUUUGGCUCACGAAGAGGUCAAGACACGGCUAGACAACUCCAUCAGGAACAUGCGGGCGGUGACGGACAAGUUCCUCUCAGCCAUCAUUAGCUCUGUGGACAAGAUCCCUUACGGCAUGCGCUUCAUUGCCAAGGUGCUGAAGGACUCGUUACAUGAGAAGUUCCCAGAUGCCGGUGAGGAUGAGCUGCUGAAGAUUAUUGGUAACUUGCUUUACUAUCGAUACAUGAAUCCAGCCAUUGUUGCUCCUGAUGCCUUUGACAUCAUUGACCUGUCGGCAGGAGGCCAGCUUACCACAGACCAACGCCGGAACCUUGGCUCCAUUGCAAAGAUGCUCCAGCACGCGGCGUCCAAUAAGAUGUUUCUGGGAGAUAAUGCUCACUUAAGCAUCAUUAAUGAGUAUCUCUCCCAGUCCUACCAGAAAUUCAGACGGUUUUUCCAAACUGCUUGUGAUGUCCCAGAGCUUCAGGAUAAGUUUAAUGUGGAUGAAUAUUCUGAUUUAGUCACCGUCACCAAACCAGUGAUCUACAUUUCCAUUGGUGAAAUCAUCAACACCCACACUCUCCUGUUAGACCAUCAGGACGCCAUUGCUCCGGAGCACAACGACCCGAUCCACGAGCUGCUGGAUGACCUGGGCGAGGUGCCCACCAUCGAGUCCCUGAUAGGAGAGAGCGCUGGCAAUUUAAAUGACCCCAAUAAGGAGGUGCUGGCCAAGACAGAAGUGUCUCUUACGCUGACCAACAAGUUUGAUGUGCCUGGGGAUGAGAAUGCAGAAAUGGACGCUCGGACUAUCCUGCUGAACACGAAACGUUUAAUUGUGGACGUCAUCCGGUUCCAGCCAGGAGAGACCUUGACUGAAAUCCUAGAAACCCCAGCCACCGCCGAACAGGAAGCAGAACAUCAGAGGGCCAUGCAGAGACGCGCUAUUCGUGAUGCCAAGACUCCUGACAAGAUGAAAAAGUCACAAUUUGUAAAGGAAGACAGCAACCUCACUCUUCAGGAGAAGAAGGAGAAGAUCCAGUCAGGUUUGAAGAAGCUAACGGAGCUUGGGACGGUGGACCCGAAGAACAGAUAUCAGGAGCUGAUCAACGACAUUGCCAGGGAUAUUCGGAACCAGCGGAGGUAUCGACAGAGGAGGAAGGCCGAGCUGGUGAAAUUACAGCAAACAUACGCUGCCCUGAACUCGAAGGCCACUUUCUAUGGAGAGCAGGUGGAUUACUACAAAAGCUAUAUCAAAACCUGCUUGGAUAACUUGGCCAGCAAGGGCAAGGUCUCCAAGAAGCCUGGGGAAAUGAAAGGAAAGAAGAGUAAAAAGAUUUCUCUGAAAUACACAGCAGCCAGACUCCAUGAAAAAGGAGUCCUUCUAGAAAUUGAGGACCUGCAAGUGAACCAGUUUAAAAAUGUUAUCUUUGAAAUCAGUCCAACAGAAGAAGUUGGAGACUUUGAGGUGAAAGCCAAGUUCAUGGGCGUUCAAAUGGAGACGUUUAUGCUACAUUACCAGGUCCAAUUUCAGAAGCUUCAGCAGCUCCGCCUUACGCAGUACCACGGAGGAUCCUUACCAAACGUGAGCCAGCUGCGGAGCAGCGUGCCAGAGUUCCAGCCGUCCCUGCACCAGGCUGAUAGCGCACGGGGGACCCGCCACCAUGGGCUGGUGGAGAGGCCGGCCAGGACCCGCUUCCACGCGUUCCACCGACGGUCUGGGGACAAGCCGGGACGACCAUUUGAUGGUAGUACUUUCGGAGCCAGUUACUCCUCACAGCCUCUGGAUGAGAGUUGGCCAAGGCAGCAGCAUCCUUGGAAAGAAGAAAAGCACCCUGGGUUCAGGCUGACAUCUGCACUUAACAGGACCAAUUCUGAUUCCGCCCUUCACACGAGUGCCCUGAGCGCCAAGCCCCAGGACCCCUAUGGAGGAGGGGGCCAGUCGGCCUGGCCUGCCCCGUACAUGGGUUUCUGUGAUGGUGAGAACGAUGUACACGGGGAAGUGCUAUCUUUCCCUGGCCCGCUGAAAGAAGAGAAUCUGUUAAAUGUUCCCAAGCCUCUGCCAAAACAGCUGUGGGAGGCCAAGGAGAUUCAGUCCCUGUCAGGGCGCCCUCGGUCCUGUGAUGUUGGAAGCGGCAGUGCUUUUCCACACAACGGCCAAAACAUAGGCCUCUCCCCCUUCCUGGGGACCCUGAAUACUGGGGGGUCGCUGCCAGACCUAACCAACCUCCACUAUUCCGCGCCCCUGCCGGCCUCACUGGACACCAGUGACCACAUCUUUGGUAGUAUGAGUGUGGGGAACAGUGUGGGCAACCUGCCAGCCGCCAUGACUCACCUGGGCAUAAGAAGCUCUUCCGGCCUCCAGAGCUCUCGGAGCAACCCCUCCAUCCAGGCCGCGCUCAGCAAGACUGCACUUUCGUCCUCCCCGAACAGCCACCCACAGACACCCGCGCCCAGCGCCUCUGCCCUUCACCCUUCCCUCCGGCUCUUUUCCCUCAGCAACCCGUCUCUCUCCACCACGGCCCUGAGCGGCCCCUCUCGGCGGCGGCAGCCCCCGGUCAGCCCCCUCACGCUGUCCCCCGGCCCCGAAGCGCAUCAGGGUUUCAGCAGACAGCUGUCGGCCACCAGCCCGCUGAACCCCUAUCCCGCCGCCCAGAUGGUGUCCUCGGAUCGAAGCCCGCUCUCCUUCCUGCCCACAGACGCUCAAACCCAGGUGUCCCCGCCGCCCCCUUACCCCACCCCCCAGGAUCUCCCCCAGCCCCUCCUGCAGCAGCCCCGUGCCCAGGAGCCCCCCGCUCAGCAGCCGCAGGUGGCCUCAUCCCUGCCUCCUUCUGGCUUCCAGCUCCUCUCCGCCCAGGGUUCACCUGUGACCAACUUCUUCCCGGAUGUGAGCUUUGACCAGCAGUCCAUGAGGCCAGGCCCGGCCUUUCCUCAACAGGUGCCCCUGGUGGAACAAGGUCCGCGAGAACAGGACGCGUUUCACUUGAGACCCAACCUGUAUUCCAACUGCGGGAAUUUCCCAAACACCAUCCUGACAGAAGACUCGAGUACCAGCCUGUUCAAAGACCUCAGCAGUGCGCUGGCGGGCAUGCCCGAGGCCAGCCUGCACACGGACACUCCAUUUCCUCUGGAAGAAGAGCUCCAGAUCGAACCCCUGAGCCUGGACGGACUCAACAUGCUAAGUGACUCCAGCAUGGGCCUGCUCGACCCCUCUGUUGAAGAGACGUUUCGGGCUGACCGACUGUGAACAGAACAGACCAGGACCAGAAUUCUUUUCUGAAGGCGCCGAAAUAGGACGGCAUGGAAUGGAGCCAGCUACCCCCCCCUGCCCACCGGGCUUGAGUCAUCUCGGGCCUCUGACACGGCAGGAGCCAACGCCAUGACUCCUGGCUUUGCGACGAGGUCCCGUCUCCUACGCCAUGGCUUAUUCUAGACCAGAGAGCCAUGCACGGCCUCACCGGCCUGCGGCGAGGGUCAUGCUCUGCAGGCCGGCUGACCUGACCGGGAGCCUCCCAACGACUCAGUCAUCACCGUGCCCGGUGCGUCUUUUUCUCGGCCCUCUAGUCGGUCCAUGUGUACAAGCAGAAAAGAACGCUGUGAUGGGGGCGGCAGUCGCCUGGUGCUGUGCCCAGAACCACUGAUGUCAGUCAACACUGAAGAUCGGGCCCGGAGCGGAGGCAGUUGGGGGCCACGGGCCUCCAGGAGCUGGCUCAGCCACGAGCAACGGUACCACAGCACCGCGAGGCCGCCUCCGCCCUCGCGCUUCCGGCCGGGCACCCGCCAGCUGGUGGCGGGCGGUCCCGGGGCACGGCAGACGGCCGUGAUCUCGGAGAUGCCUUAAUUCCAAUAUGAAGAAUUCUUCCCACGAUUUCAAGCACAGACCCGAGUUUCGCAAACUGAAUGCUCAUUUGUCUUCUCCAAGUAUGUAAUCUCCUUUCUGCUGCUUUGGGACACCUCUUCCUGUGGACGAGGGGGGAAAGGGAGGACUAUUUUAUUCAGUCACUGAAAACCAACAAAAAUCCCCUGGUAACGGAUGAGCCCGAAAAGAGGAAAGUGCUUCCUCUUGACGGCUGGGGCGGAAAGCACGGAGGGCAAGACGCACGAUGCCUUCCAGAUGAGCUCUAGACAGGUGCCGGCCUCCCCCUCCGCAGUCGGGUGGGAAGGGGUGGCGGGAGGUCUGAGCAGCAAGGUGGGGGGUGGGGGGUUUCUCUGUGCCAUGGGAGUGUGAAUGUAACCCCGCUAGGCUGAUAGGCUGUAAGCUCCCCGAGUGCAGGGACCGUGCCUUAUUCGUUAUGAGACCCCUAGUUCCUAACAAGUGCCAGCACUCAGUAGGUGCUCAUAACUGUGCAUUGAAUGCAUGAACGGACGAACGGAGGAAUGAAUGAAUCUGCCUCACUACGAGGCAGUCUAAUCUUUCGCGUACCCCCAUUCCCUGCCAAACCUCAAGGCUUUAGCUUUUUUUUUUUUGGAACACUUGUGCGUGUUCAGCAUGCACUUUAAUAUGCUUUUAACACUAGGUGACCAAAUUCACGAUGAGACAGGGCGCCCCGAUCUCCUCGAGGGUGUGCGCCACAGCAGGUAGGUGCAAGCUGUCUUCUGAGCACCACCGGAACGGCACCGAGCAAACUGGGGCCUCCCAGGCACUGGGACCCCGGGGAUCCCGGCCAGGCCCCCACCUCCAAAGAUCUUUUUCCUUUCAGAUCCGUGUUGUGCUCUAAAUUGCUUUCAAAAAAGACCAUCAUUCUUUGAGAUCGAAGAAACAGUCUGCAGUAAAAGGAAGGCCUAAAUCAUGAAGCUAUCGUUAGUCAUUAGCACUUUAGCAUAAAGUAGUGUUAGCGGAUUUCCACCACUGCCGGCCUUCUGACCUAACCCCUGGCCACACGCCUGACGGGUGGGUUUGAAGAGCACCUCUGGGGAUGGGCCUGGGCAAUGGGGCAGAAUGUGGGCAUGGCAGGAGGGGCCGGGGAGGAGAGGAGCACUGAAGGAAAGCUGGAAGACGCUGGAACUUUUGCCGGGACAGCCACGGCCUUUUCCAGAGACACCGGCAGUGUCGCUGAAGGUUGCUGGACCGCCCCCACCCACAGCAGCAAGACCGCCCUGUGCCCCACGACGAGAGGAGUCCGUAAUGGGAUCCUGGGCUGUUAACCUCUGCAGACCUCUUUCCAUUUCUGUCUCCAGAGGGAUCACGUCACCUGCAGUCUUUCAAAUAACCCUGAUGGCACAGCUGCCUCUGUGGGGCCCGAGUCCUCCGCUUCACGUUAGCCCCAAACCUCUGCCGUUGAAUUAGGAAAUCCACCCAGGGUCCUUGCCUCAGCUCCAAGCCCCAUUCCCAGUUAAAACUUUCAUACUGAGGAUCUCGGGAGGGGGUGACUCUGUUAAAAGCACAAGCCUUUUCCCUGUGAUGCUACGCCAUUCCCCAGCGUGCGGAAGAAGCCGGCUCCGUGCUGCCUGCCCUGUGCCCCAGGCCCCGGGAAAUCUGACCUGGCCUCUCAGACGGGGAUCGGGGAUCGGUGCCCCUGUUAGGAGUUUGGUUUUGUUUUUUUUUUUUAGGUACCAGCAUAACCCACUCUUUGCACAGUGCCUUACCCGUGGGGCUGGGGGCCCAGCCCUCUGUCUGCACAGCAGUGCCGCCUGUAUAGCGUGAUGCCUGGGACCCGCGUGGUGCAGGCCCACCAUCCCUAGGGCAUUCUCCCUGGGACUGGUGCAGAGGCUCCCAGGAAAAGUGACUUGUCUGGGGGCGUGUCAUGACGACAAUGAGGUUUAGCACUGAAUUAAAUUUGUCCUUAGGUCCACCAGCCCAUUCUUUUCCCGUGAAAAGGUGUUGGGCAUUACACAACCCACUUUGCUUAGCCAGCGUCAAGGACACCCACGGACGGGUGUCCCUCCGACCUCCAGCGCGUAAGCCUACACUCAUCGCUGCCUUUGCAACAAACCAGGCGAGGCCCUCGGCAUCCGAAGUGGCUGCAUACAUCAGAAUAAACUCUCUUCCAAUAUUUAGUCUUGUUACAAGAAACCGAUGGCUGUACUAUUCUCAUUUAUUAGCAGUUAAACAAUAUAGAACUAAAAACCUAUCUGUGUUCCAUUUUUUUCCUCAUUUCCAUACAGUUGUGGUUUUUAGGACACACGGUGUUAGGAGAAACAUUUUUUGAUCACGUCAAGACCACCAUAAAUUCUCCUUUGUCCCAUCUCACUUCUCCUGUGUGCCGGCCCAUGUGCGCAUUCGAAGACCUUUCCAGCUCUGACUCCCGUCGGCUCUGUCAUGCACAGACGGUUCCAUUGCUUGGCGAAGGAGCCCUCACAGCAACUAAUCAGACUUUCUGCCAGUGUCCUAACUCCCAGGUCCCUUGUUAAACAAUAUUUAAAGAUUGGAAUUUGUAUAAAGUAGCUUCCAAGUUUUAUAAUACGUCGUUUUACAUCUUUCGUAAUUAAAAGCAGCACAAUAAGGUUG